CGUCACCAUAACGUCACUUUUCUGUGUCGAUAUGCGGCUCGGUGCGGCGCUGGGAAACGGAGCCACUGGAAAGAUGGAGACCAAGUAACAGACGAAGACGCUGAACCGCAUUUCCAGGGAAACGGCAACUUUCGGAGAGGACAGCGACGUUCUGCUGCCUGCUAACCGGUUGGUUUGUGUAUCCCCGGAGCGGCUGGCUCGAGCAGCCAUCUUUUGUGAGAGGAUGAACGGGGCGACGCGCUGGGCCUGCUCGGGCUCUGGCUGGAGCCGGAGCCGGAGCCGGAGCCGGAGCCGGAGCCUGCUGAGCCGCCGGCUGACAGAGCCCACAUGCUACGGCUCGAUGCUGCUCUUGCUCUCGCUAGUCGGACUGCUUGGUUUCGUCGAGGCGAAGGAAUGCGACAAACCCUGCGUGAAUGGCCAAUGCAACACGGCUACUGGCAGCUGUGUGUGCUGGCCCGGCUGGGUUGGGGACCAGUGCCAGCACUGCGGAGGGAGAUUCAGGCUGACUGGGCCUUCCGGGCAUCUGACUGACGGACCAGGAAACUACAAAUACAAAACUAAGUGCACCUGGCUCAUCGAAGGACAGCCGAAUACAAUUCUUCGAUUACGGUUCAACCACUUUGCCACAGAGUGCAGUUGGGACCACCUCUAUGUGUAUGAUGGAGACUCCAUUUACGCACCACUUCUUGCUGCAUUCAGUGGUUUGAUUGUUCCUGAACGUUAUGGGAAUGAGACUGUCCCUGAGGUGGUGUCUCAGUCUGGAUACGCCCUCCUGCACUUCUUCAGUGAUGCUGCUUACAACUUGACUGGCUUCAACAUUUCAUACAGAGUGAAUACAUGUCCCAACAAUUGCUCAGGUCAUGGCGAGUGUCAUGUGGGGAAUUCCACUGGUACUGUUUACUGCAAAUGUGAAGCCAACUGGACGGGGGAAGCCUGUCUGGUCCCUUACUGUCUGGCCAACUGUGGUUACCCUGAGCGAGGGAGCUGCCAGGCCAAGGCCUGUGUCUGCAGAGAUGGAUGGCAAGGUCCAGACUGUUCCAUCUCUGUGCCUGCCAACUCCUCCUUCUGGAGCCAGGAGGUCUGUACUGAGGCCGGGUUGGCGAGGGCUUCGCACAAGGCUGUGGUGGACCAGGGUAUAAUGUGGGUAAUCGGAGGCUACGUCUUCAACGCCUCCGACUAUCACAUGGUCAAAGCGUAUAAUCUCAGCAGCAACACCUGGCUGACCCUUGACCCCUCCGUUAACACUGUUAAGCCACGAUAUGGCCACUCUCUGGCUUUAUAUGAGGGUAAGAUCUAUAUGUACGGGGGGAAAGUCGACUCGACAGGAAACGUGUCCAGCCAGCUGUUGGUUUUCCACAUCCAGAAUCAGACGUGGACCUCUCUGAGCCCCUGGGGCAACGAGCAGUUCGCUGUAGUAGGUCAUUCAGCCCACAUUAUACCACCUAUCCAGGAGGGCGCCAGUGCUGUCAUGUUGGUCCUGUUUGGACACUGUCCUCUUUAUGGCUACAUUAGCAAAGUCCAGCAAUACAACAUUGCCAAAAACACUUGGAGCAUGGUGAGUACAGAUGGGGCUCUUGUCCAGGGUGGCUACGGCCACAGCAGUGUUUUUGAUCCUGGCACCAGAGCCAUCUACAUCCACGGAGGCUAUAAGGCCUUCAGCGCCAACAAGUAUGGUCUGGCUGGAGACUUGUACAAGUUCGACGUGGACAAGCACAAAUGGACUAUUCUGAGAGACAGUGGCUUCUUCCGCUAUCUCCACACAGCGGUGAUAUUGAGCAGGACGAUGCUGGUGUUUGGAGGAAACACGCACAAUGAUACAUCCAUGAGCAAUGGGGCCAAGUGCUUCUCCUCUGACUUUCUGGCCUACAGUUUAGCUUGUGAUGAGUGGACUGUGCUGCCGAAACCAGAUCUGUAUCAUGACGUUAACCGUUUUGGACACUCUGCAGUCGUCAGUGACAGUGUGAUGUACGUGUUUGGGGGUUUCAACAGCCUCCUGCUGAGCGAUGUUCUGAAGUACACCUCGCCCAGCUGCUCAGCCUUCACAACACAGCCAUCCUGCAUCAAGGCCUGGCCAGGAAUCCAGUGUGUCUGGAACAUCACCCAAGAGACCUGUCUGCCCUGGGAGGUCGGUGCUUCAGAACAGCAGCUCCUGGCCUCCUGUAGUGUGAGAUCAUUUGCUGAUACCGAGAGGUGUGACCAGUAUGCUGACUGCUACAGCUGCACUGCCAACACAAACGGCUGCCAGUGGUGUUCAGGCCAGUGUGUUUCUGCAGGAAGCAACUGUACGUCUGCUACGGGUGCUGUAGUGGAGUAUGAAGUUUGCCCAAAGGACAACCCCUCCUAUGUGUGCAGCAAGAAAACCAGCUGCAAGAGCUGCGCUGUGGACCAGAACUGCCAGUGGGAACCUCGCAACCAGGAGUGCAUCUCGCUGCCUGAGAACGUGUGUGGUGAAAGUUGGCAUCUGGUGGGCAACUCCUGUCUGAAGUUCAUCACAGCAAAAGACUCGUAUGACAAUGCCAAACUAGCCUGUAGGAGCCACAAUGCUGUUCUGGCCUCACUCACCACGCAGAAGAAGGUGGACUUUGUUCUGAAAGAGUUGCAGAUUAUGAGUGUGAUGUACAAGGCCAUGGUGACGCCCUGGGUGGGACUCAGGAAAAUCAAUGUAUCAUACUGGUGCUGGGAGGACAUGUCACCAUUCACCAACACCACCCUACAAUGGUUGCCUGGUGAGCCGAGUGACGCUGGGUUCUGUGGUUACCUGGCUGAGCCAGCAUCUAGUGGACUUAAAGCUCAGACUUGCAUCAACCCAGUGAACGGCAGUCUGUGCGAACGACCAGCAAACCACAGUGCCAAGCAGUGCCGGACACCCUGUGCCAUGCGCACCACCUGCAGCGAAUGCACCAGCAGCAGCACGGAGUGUAUGUGGUGUAGCAACAUGAAGCAGUGUGUUGACUCCAAUGCCUACGUGGCUUCCUUCCCAUUCGGACAGUGUAUGGAGUGGUACACCAUGAGUACUUGUCCACCGGAGAACUGUUCUGGAUAUAGAACAUGUGGGCAGUGUCUGGAUCAGCCAGGCUGUGGCUGGUGCACAGAUGCCAGUAACACAGGGAAAGGUCAGUGCAUCGAGGGCUCUUACCGUGGACCCUUCCAGACAUCAGUUCCUGCCCCUUCCACUCUGCCGGGUUUAUCUGCCAGCCCCCAGCCUGCUCUCAAUGCCAGCAUGUGCCCCAGUGAGGCCAAAUACAACUGGUCCUUCAUCCACUGUCCAGCUUGUCAGUGUAACGGUCACAGCCAGUGUGUCAACGAGAGUGUGUGCGAGAAGUGUGAGGACCUUACAACCGGCCGACACUGCGAGAGCUGCAUCUCCGGCUUCUACGGAGAUCCGACAAACGGUGGCAGCUGCCAGCCCUGCAAGUGCAAUGGCCAUGCCAGCAUGUGUAACCCCAGCAGUGGGAAGUGUUUCUGCACCACUAAGGGCAUCAAAGGCGACCGCUGUCACUUGUGUGAGGUUGAGAAUCGUUAUCAAGGCAACCCUCUCAAAGGAACAUGCUACUAUACGCUCCUCAUUGACUAUCAGUUCACCUUCAGCUUGUCUCAGGAGGACGACCGCUACUACACCGCCAUCAACUUUGUGGCCACACCUGACGAGCCUAACCGGGAUCUUGAUAUGUUCAUAAAUGCCUCUAAGAACUUCAAUCUGAACAUAACCUGGGCCACAGGUUUCACUGCAGGUACCCAGACCGGGGAGGAGAUUCCUAUUGUCUCCCGCAGCAACAUCAAGGAGUUCAAAGACAGCUUCUCCAAUGAGAAUUUUGACUUCCGCAACAACCCAAACAUAACGUUCUUUGUCUAUGUCAGCAACUUCACCUGGCCCAUUAAAAUUCAAAUCGCUUUUUCCCAGCACAGUAACUUCAUGGAUCUGGUGCAGUUCUUUGUCACGUUUUUCAGCUGCUUCUUGUCGCUACUCCUGGUGGCCGCUGUGGUCUGGAAAAUCAAGCAGAGUUGCUGGGCGUCACGGCGCCGAGAGCAACUGCUGAGGGAGAUGCAGCAGAUGGCCAGCCGGCCUUUCGCCACCAUCAACGUUGCCUUGGAGACAGACGAGGAGCCGCCCGACCUGAUUGGAGGAAACGUCAAGUCCGUCCCAAAGCCCAUUGCCCUCGAGCCUUGCUUUGGCAACAAAGCCGCUGUGCUGUCAAUUUUUGUUCGAUUACCCAGAGGCACUGGCGGUAUUCCUCCUCCAGGACAGUCUGGUUUGGCCGUGGCCAGUGCCCUGGUUGACGUCUCACAACAGAUGUGCAUUUGCUACAAAGAGAAGUCUGGAGGCCUGAGGAACCGCAAACAGCAGCCCACAGCACAGCCAUCCACCUGUAUCUGACCACACCCACUUUCCUCCACCACGCCGAUGCUUUCCCAUCAGCCACCCGCCUUCAAAGACGUCUGCCACUUUUACUUUGGCAGGGAGAGGUGCAUGCUGGGAC